UUCGAUCUUGUAUACAUAAGCUGGAGUGGUUUCUUCAACAAAGUCCUCUCCUUUUGUGUUUUCUGUGUUUGCCUUAUAAGUGUUUGUGUUUUUGCCUCUGAGAAAAAGAAAAAAAAAAUCAUGCCGACUGGUAGGUUCGAGACGAUGCGUGAAUGGGUUCACGACGCCAUCUCUGCUCAACGCAAUGAGCUCCUCUCUCUUUUCUCCAGAUAUGUAGCUCAAGGAAAGGGGAUACUGCAGUCCCACCAGCUGAUUGAUGAGUUCCUUAAGACUGUCAAAGUUGAUGGAACAAGUGAAGAUCUUAACAAGAGCCCAUUCAUGAAAGUUCUGCAGUCUGCAGAGGAAGCCAUAGUUUUGCCUCCAUUUGUUGCGACGGCUAUUCGUCCCAGACCUGGUGUUAGGGAAUAUGUCCGUGUGAAUGUGUACGAGCUGAGCGUAGAUCAUUUAACUGUUUCUGAAUAUCUUAGGUUUAAGGAAGAGCUUGUUAAUGGCCAUGCCAAUGGAAAUUAUCUUCUUGAGCUUGAUUUUGAACCUUUCAAUGCCACAUUUCCUCGCCCAACUCGGUCAUCAUCCAUUGGGAAUGGUGUUCAGUUCCUUAACCGUCACCUCUCGUCCAUUAUGUUUCGGAACAAAGAAAGCAUGGAGCCUUUGCUUGAGUUUCUCCGCAAUCACAAACAUGAUGGCCGUCCCAUGAUGUUGAAUGAUCGAAUACAGAAUAUCCCCAUACUUCAGGGAGCUUUGGCAAGGGCAGAGGAGUUCCUUUCUAAACUUCCUCUGGCGACACCAUUCUCUGAAUUCGAAUUUGAACUACAAGGGCUGGGAUUUGAAAGGGGUUGGGGUGACACAGCACAGAAGGUUUCAGAAAUGGUGCAUCUCCUUCUGGACAUACUCCAGGCACCUGAUCCUUCCGUCUUGGAGACGUUUCUUGGAAUGAUUCCUAUGGUGUUCAAUGUUGUGAUUUUGUCUCCGCAUGGUUACUUUGGCCAAGCCAAUGUCUUGGGUCUGCCUGAUACUGGUGGACAGGUUGUGUACAUUCUUGAUCAAGUACGUGCUUUAGAAAAUGAAAUGCUCCUUAGGAUACAGAAGCAAGGCCUGGAUGUCAUUCCAAAGAUUCUCAUUGUAACAAGGUUGAUACCCGAAGCAAAAGGAACAACGUGCAACCAGAGGUUAGAAAAAGUUAGUGGUACAGAACACGCACACAUUCUGCGUAUACCAUUUAGGACUGAAAAAGGCAUUCUUCGCAAGUGGAUCUCGAGGUUUGAUGUCUGGCCAUACCUGGAGACUUUUGCAGAGGAUGCAUCAAACGAAAUUUCUGCAGAGUUGCAGGGUGUACCAAAUCUCAUCAUUGGCAACUACAGUGACGGAAAUCUUGUUGCUUCUUUGUUAGCUAGUAAGCUAGGCGUGAUACAGUGUAAUAUUGCUCAUGCUUUAGAGAAAACCAAGUACCCUGAGUCUGACAUUUACUGGAGAAACCAUGAAGAUAAGUAUCAUUUUUCAAGUCAGUUCACUGCAGAUCUAAUUGCCAUGAAUAAUGCUGAUUUCAUCAUCACCAGCACAUACCAAGAGAUUGCGGGAAGCAAGAAUAAUGUUGGGCAAUACGAGAGCCACACAGCUUUCACUCUUCCUGGUCUUUACCGAGUUGUUCAUGGAAUCGAUGUCUUUGACCCCAAGUUUAACAUAGUCUCUCCAGGAGCUGAUAUGACCAUAUACUUUCCAUAUUCUGACAAGGAAAGAAGACUCACUGCCCUUCAUGAGUCAAUUGAAGAACUCCUCUUUAGCGCAGAACAGAAUGAUGAGCAUGUGUAAGUCCUUUCACAACAAUUCUGAUCCAGCAAUACAAAAUAUUAGUCCAAGUGUGUGAUGCAAGUUUCAA